AUGAGGCUAAUUUUUCAACCAUGCGCAAGGGCCGUUCCAGCUUUCAGGAAGUAUCUGUUGCGCUCUGUCGGAACCCUAUCAUCGCCAGAGCUUAACGACAGCCUCCGUCGUCAUAUCGACAAGGCCGGUGAAGAUCCAAAGGCUUCAUUCGUCCCAGUGCUGGAGCAAUGUAAGCAACAGGGAAAUCAAUUGAAUCCUUCGGAUGUUAGACGCAUCGUUGAAACCCUCCGCGAUUCAAAACGAUUUCCCCAAGCUCUCAAGGUAUCAGAGUGGAUGAGUAACCAGAAAGUUUGCGAUCUAGUUCCUGAAGAUUUCGCAGCUCGGCUUCAUCUGAUCGACAAGAUUCUAGGUUUAAAAGCAACAGAGAAAUUCUUCAAAAGCAUUCCCGAGAACAAGAGAGAUGACUUUGUUUACACCACUAUGUUAAGCUUCUACGCAAGAUUGGACGAAACUGAGUCAACCCUCUGGAAGAUGAAGGAGAUAGGGUACCGCUCGAAACCUCAUAUUUUUAAGCACAUGAUGUCUUCGAAAACACUGGCUAAAGCUGAGUCAAUCUUUGGGAAGAUGAUAGAGCUGCGCUACCUCUCGAAACCCUCUCCUUUUAACCACAUGAUGUCUCUCUACAUUAAGCUAGGUAAACUAGAUAUGGUACACAAGAUUCUCAGCCAAAUGAAAGACAACAACGUUGAGCCGGACAAUAUCACGCUAAACAAUAAACUGUGGCUUUACGCAGCCGAAUCCAACAUCAAAGAAAUGGAGAAGCUUUUAGCAAAGUGCGAUACAAAUACAUUGGAUUGGCGAACGUGCAGAGACAUUGCAAGAGCUUACCUGAGACAUGGAUCAGUGGUUGAGGCAGUAAAUAUGCUGAGAAGAGCCGAGCAAUCACUAGUUGAUCCCGAGUCUAAGGAGUUAGCUUACAAGUCCUUGAUGUGGUUGUAUGGGGAAGCAGGGAAGGCUGAAGACGUUUCCCGUAUAUGUGAGUCAGACUAUUUCGCCAAGUGGAACCCCGGCAAGUUUGAUGUCAGAAUCGUGGCUAUGAUGGCAUCUGCUUAUUGCGAGAGAGGCCAGCUAAAGGAAGCCGAGGAUGCUAUGCUUGCGGCUGUGGCACGCCCAGCCGCAGAUAACGUGAUCCAAGACAUUGCAAAAGCUUACCUGAGACAUGGAUCAGUGGUUGAGGCAGUAAAUAUGCUGAGAAGAGCCGAGGAAUCACUAGUUGAUCCCGAGUCAAAGAAGUUAGCUCACAAGUCCUUGAUGCGGUUGUAUGGGGAAGCAGGGAAGGAUGAAGACGUUUCCCGUAUAUGGGAGUCGGAUUAUUUCGACAAGUACGAAAACGAUUAUCGAUUAGUACUUUAUAUCUUACUCAAAUUAAACCAUAUCAAUGAGGCAGAAAAGAUUUAUUAUAGUUGGAACCCCAACAAGCAUGAUGUCAGAAUCGUGGCAAUGAUGGCAUCUGCUUAUUGCGAGAGAGGCCAGCUAAAGGACGCCGAGAAUGCUAUGCUUGCGGGUGUGGUACGCCCAGCCGUAGAUAACGUGUUCAACUUAGCGCUCGGGUCUGUGCUCGUGGCUUUGGUUUACGUUUUAGGUAAGCUUGUGGUUCUAGUGAAGUUCAUUUUAAAGAUGGCUUUCGAUGCAAUAACAACGGCGAUCUAA